AAAAAACCUAAAUCUGAGUUGCACAGCCCACACUGGCUGAGCAAAAAAGAAUUUCCAGAACAAGCUAAAAAGUCUACAAAAGGCUUAGUAGCUUAGCAGCUUAGCAAACUUAGCAGAUGCUGAGCGUGUGGAACCGCACGACAUCCAAAAGCCUAAAUUACGGCCUCCGAUUUUUUCACAUCUUUUUCCUUCUCAUUUCAUUCAAAGACUUUUGAUAAAACAAUGAGUUCCUCCUAUACCAAUGACAUCCCCGAAGUUGACACCGGUAUCGGCACAGCCGGCAUGCAACCUACUUACGCAAGAGAACUUCCUCUAGGUGAUGAUAUCCCUCACGGAUUUUACGGAGGCAUGAUGAACGCGAUCGGCGAAUGCUUGGGAUUCUUCGGUUCGUUUCCUUGCUGUAUCUGCUUUCCUAAUCCAUACAAGCGUGUCAAACAAGGCAAAGUCGGACUUGUCUCACGAUUUGGUAAAUUCUACAAGUGCGUCGAUCCUGGACUUGUCAAGGUUAAUCCAGUGACCGAAAGUAUCACCAAAGUCGACAUUACUAUCCAGAUCACAGAAAUCCCGAAACAAGAUAUCAUUACCAAGGAUAAUGUCAGUAUCGCCAUCGAAUCGGUUCUGUAUUGGCACGUGAUCGAUCCUUAUGAAACCGUCUACGGUGUAGCCAAUGUUCAUCAUGCACUUAUUGAACGAGCCAGCACCACACUUCGCGAUGUUUGUGGUGGUCAUUCCUUGCAAGAUCUGAUUGAAAAUCGAGAAGCCAUUUCGAAUGAGAUUCAGGAAGUCAUUGAUGCCCCUGCUAAAGCAUGGGGUGUAAAGAUUGAAUCUAUUCUGGUCAAGGACGUUCACUUCUCCAGGCAAUUGCAGGAGUCACUGUCGUCCGCUGCACAGGCCAAGCGACUGGGUGAAUCACGUGUAAUUACUGCAAAGGCUGAAGUCGAGUCGGCCAAAUUGAUGCGCGACGCGGCCAAUAUUCUCAACACACCGGCAGCAAUGCAAAUCCGUUAUCUCGAAACAUUAACAGCCAUGAGUCGUAACGGUCAAGGUCCCAAAACCAUCUUUAUGCCAUUGCCAAAUUCGGGCGGUAACUUUGGAGGAAAAGAGUAGUUCAAAUCAUUCAGGUCGUAAAAAAACCAUAUCCGCCCAUUUUACGCCUAUAGUUUAAUCGCUUAUUCUAUCUAUGUUCUAUUGUCUUUCCUUUUAAUCUUUAGCUUAUGUUAUUUUUUUCUUUUUAAAUAUCAAGACAAAACAUGUUUAUAAUUCCAAACAAAAAAGCCCUUGCGUAUAAU